AUGACCUCGACGCACCGGCUUGCUGAUGCCUCGCUCAAGUCCUGGGGCGCGUGGCUCGCCUGCGCAACACUCCUCUGGGCCGUCUCGUUCACCGUUGCCGACGCCGUUACCGUCUUGGACUCCGUCUUGUCCGUCGCCUCGGCUGCCUUUAUUGCCUGGCUCACCUUUGGCAUCGGCGGCGUCUCUUGGUACCACCGCAACUGGCGGGAAAAGUUUGACGGGAACAACGUCCCGCUCGCCGUGGCCCUCUUCAUGAAUGCGGUCGGCCUAUGGGCCGCCGUCAGGCAGCUGAUGGACGUGUUUGACGACAAGGAGAGCCGCAUUGGGUAUGGCAUCCGUGCUCAACGGCAUCGACACUUCCGUGGUCCUGCGGCCUGA